GAUUUUUAAAUUACAGCGGCGUAGCUUCUUUUUUGCGUUUGGCUUGUCAAUUUUUUGAUGAUGCAAAUCGAUAUGUCAAUUGAUGUCAAUUGGUUGACGGGUUGGACAAAAAUAUAUCAAUUCGAUUAUCAAUAGACAAUUGUUUUUGUUUGCACAUUUAUAUAUUACAAUAGUAAUGUUAUGUACAAUUAUCUUUUUUGUAACAAAAUUAGUAAUUCAUUGUAACUCAUCUCUGAUACAAGAUUUGUUGUAAAACUAUUGCAAUUUACAAUAGUAAUAAAUUUCUCUUGCAAUAUUUAUGCUUUUCAUGUUCGACCUCUUUCAUGCUCUUCUAUGUGCAUAUUGUGUAAAGAAAUAUCAACGUAUAGAUAAUUUUGUCAGUUGUUAGUAUUGCAGGAGAUAUCUCAAAUUUGUAUUAAUGUCGACAAUGUCUGCAUCAUCUUCUAUGGAUGAACGUAUGUUGAAGGGAAUAAGAAAAGUAAUACCAAAUCUGAUCAACACAAAGUACAAAGGUCAAGAUGGCAGAAUUGGAAUUUUUGGUGGGAGUACCGAAUAUACAGGAGCACCAUACUUUGCAGCUAUGAGUGCAUUGAAAACUGGUGCUGAUCUUGUUCACAUAUUCUGUGCGAAAGAUGCCAGCAUUCCUAUUAAAUCAUUUAGCCCAGAGCCAAUAGUUCACUCAGUAUUGGAUCAAUAUGAUGCGAUAAAGCAUAUAAAACCUUGGCUUGAUCGGCUACAUGUUAUUCUGAUUGGACCUGGACUUGGCAGAGAUGAAAAGAUAUUCAAAAUGAUUGUCGAAUUAAUAUCAAUCUGUCGCGAAAUGAGAAAACCACUUGUUAUUGAUGCAGAUGGAUUGUUCUUGGUUUGUCAAAAGCCAGAAAUUAUAAAAGAUUAUCCAGGAGUUAUUUUGACACCAAAUGCAAUGGAGUUUAGCCGUUUGGUUAAAACAGUACUGGAUAGAUCUAUUCCGCCUACUCCUCUAGUCAAAGUUUCUGAUGUUAAGCAUGUUGCAGAGGCUCUUGGAAAGAAUGUAAUAAUUCUGCAUAAGGGCGCAAAAGAUGUGAUUGUGGAUGGACAUAAGGGUACAGAGACUGUGUCAUGUGGAUUGGCUGGUUCUGGAAGGAGAUGCGGUGGACAGGGAGACCUCUUGGCUGGUUCUUUGGCUGUCUUCUGGUGGUGGGCUAUUUCUGCAGGAACCAGUGAAUGCGCUUUGUCGCCAUCGAUUGUAGCAUGUUAUGCUGCAUCAAGAUUAGUCCGAGAAUGCAAUGCAUCAGCCUUCAAAUUACGACAAAGAGGAAUGUUGACAUCAGAUAUGUUAGAACAGAUACAGCCAAUUUUUAACAAAAUCUUUGAGACUCAUUGUAACAAAACUUACUCAUUUAAUGGAAGAGGUCGAACUCGAAGUACUGAUUCCUGAAGCGACAUUUUUGCGACAUUAUAUAUAAGUUAUAAAAAAAACUUUGAUUAAUAUAUUACAUAAAUUGGGGAAAAUAUGCAUUUAAAAUACUGGCUUCAGAGAAAUGCUUUUAAAUAUAUAUACUAAUAUAUUAUAUGUAUUUUUAUAUGGUUUUGGUAUUUUUUAAAAGCUCAUAUAAAUAAACAUAUUUAUAAAAUAA